UAUAUUUACGUCAGUGACCUCCUGAUGCAGUCUGUCAUCCUCUGACACCCUCAAGGAUGAAGCUCGUGCUACAGUCGUGAUUGAUCGCCGUUGUCACGCCUCCAGAGCUCCACACACACCCGACGGAUGAGUUUGCAGCAAGAAAUCACUUCAGUCGAAUCAAAAGCGAUUCUCUGAAAUCAAACUAAGGCAGCCUCUCCAACAUCUCGCCCUUCACCUGGUUUGGAUUUUUACGGCUCACCGCCCAACAAUUACACAGACUUUAGUGGAUAAGAGGUGUUCUGGGACAAUGGAGGUGUCAAAGGAUGACGUGCAGAGAUGUGUGAUGAAAUCUUGGAAUUUACAUUCCCCUUUAUAUCUGCGCUAUCCUCAGCAAAGAGCAGCCCAGUGUAACCAUGGCAACAGCAGCAUCCUCUGAGUAAUGAUUUACAGUACCUUCAGUGUUGAGAAGAACUCAAAUAAUGGGAUCUCACAGGACAGUGGCAAGGAUUUAGCGAUGACUUUCCAGCCUUGGCUAGAUGAUCCCUGGUAAUAGCUGCCAUGUUUACAUGUAAUGGCAGCUCAUUGGAAUGGUGUGGCCUUCUUGAACCAGAAGAAAGUGAGAUGCAAGAGUCUGAUACUGCCCUUAUGCCCACCACUCUCAGGGUGCUCCUGGCUGCCAUCAUGAUCUUCAUGAUCACCAUUGGUUUUCUUGGCAAUGCCAUUGUGUGUCUGAUAGUGUAUCAGAAGCCAGCCAUGCGUUCAGCCAUUAAUCUGCUCUUGGCCACACUGGCUUUUUCAGACAUCCUGCUGUCUCUGCUAUGCAUGCCAUUCACCGCCGUCACUCUCACAACUACAGACUGGAGCUUCGGAGUGGGAUUCUGCCGCAUCUCCAUCAUGCUGUACUGGCUGUUUGUUCUAGAAGGUGUGUCCAUCCUUCUGAUCAUCAGCGUAGAUCGGUUCCUCAUUAUAGUUCAGCGACAGGACAAGCUAACGCCCCAUCGGGCGAAAAUCCUUAUCACUACGUCAUGGGCUCUAUCGCUUUGCUUGUCCCUACCAUCUGUCGUCGGCUGGAGGAUAGCUGGGAUCGGGGAGCAAGUACCGCAAUGCAUUCUGGGAUACAGUGAAUCCCUGGCAGACAGGGGUUACACGGUUCUGCUUGCGCUCGCUGUGUUUUUCGUGCCAUUUGGUGUGAUGUUGUAUUGCUAUCUGUGUAUACUCAACACAGUUCGACGCAAUGCACUGCGCAUCCAUAAUCACACCAGCGAAGGCAGCGUCGCUGUCAACCAUGUCAGCAAGUUGGGGUUAACUGGUCUGCAGCGACCCCAAGUCAAUGUGGACAUGAGUUUUAAAACCAGGGCCUUCACCACUAUCCUCAUCCUGUUCAUUGGCUUCUCCGUGUGUUGGCUGCCACAUACGGUGGUGAGUCUGCUGGCGGUGUUCAGUAGACGCUUCUACCUCAGCCCGGCCUUUUACCCCAUCAGCAUCGGGGCACUGUGGUUGAGUUACCUCAAAGCGGUCUUCAACCCGGUGAUAUACUGCUGGAGAAUCCGAAAGUUUCGUGAAGCCUGCCUGGAGUUCAUGCCCAAGACCUGUCAUCUCUGUCCCAAGAUUCCUGGGCGAAGUCGCAGGCGUAUAAGACCCAGCAACAUCUAUGUGUGCAGCAGUGAGACCCAGUCUUCUGUCUAGGAUUAGCACCAAAGCAUGUUUCAAACUGACCGUGAAUGGAAGAUGAUGUUUAAAUAUGACCAAGAACACUUAUUAUUUGAAUACUUGACAAAUAACUCCUCCAGUCAUAAUCUGCAGUGAUGAAGGAAAUAGCAUCUGCUGUCUGAAAAUCAUAAAGCAUUUUUCAUAUAUGUUCCUGAACAAGGUCAUUUCUUUAUUUUUUCUGUUGGAAAGAUUUGAUGUGUUCUGCCAUUUUGCAAAAAUGAAAAUUUGGCAAAUAAAGUAACUAAACUGGUGAUUUACUGGAAAUUUUUGACAGAAUUUAUUCAUGGUUAAUUGAGUUUUUUUUUUUUUUUUUUUUUGCAUUCAUAUUUUAUGCAUUUAGCAGACGUUUUUAAAGGGAUUGUAUGACGUUGCAAAAACAAAACAAAACAUUAUUCUGUGUAUUUAGUAUAAUGAAAUGUGUUCAUCAGGUUUAAGGUAAAACAAAAAACACAUUAAUUUCCACAUAAUAUAAAUUAUUGUGUCUCCUCUAUGCCCUGCCUUUCUGAAAUGUGUCGAUAAUUACAAAGCUCAUCUUUCUGAAAAGCAAAGUGUGCUCUGAUUAGCCAGCUAUCCAGUGCAUUGUUAUUGGCCGAAUUCCUCAAGCGUGUGAUGGAAAUGUCACGCCCUUACCGUAAUGUGAUGUGUGUCUUGGCACAUUGAGACAAAAACAAUAAAUCCAUUAUAAAUUAGGCAUUUUUUUGCAUCCAGUGGGGACAUAAUUACUGAUUAUAAUGACUUAUACUGUGUUUUUAUGCGUUGCAUUGCGUAUGGUGCUGCGUCUGCAUUUGUGUUUGGAGAAAUGACAAACACAAGCACUAUUCUACACUGCUCAAAACUCAUGUUUGAAUCAUCAGUGGCAAAUUCUUUAAAUAUGAAAACUUACUUACAGACUGUGGGUCAGAAGCACCAGACUGUCCUUGCAAAGUUGGAACUGCCCCACUUUAUAGAAACAGACUAAUCUUAACUUUUAAACAGAAUAUCUCUUUGGAUUUGAGACUUUAGUCUUUGCAACUUUACAGAUCCUCAUGCACCAAGAGCUUGUAACACUCCAAAGAGAAGGGACAAUCUUCAAGCAAAGCAACUUACAGUGCAUUCAAGGUGUCUGUGCAGCCCACUAGGUAACAACCCCAUGGCAUUUUUCCUAUUUAAUAUUGGUUCACAUCAAUUUCAAAAUGAUCUAUUCUCCCACAUUUAAGCUAUGCUUGUCAAUAAUCUUAACCACCUUGAGUUUACCUUGAACACGAGUCCCAAAGUGAAACUGCAGGACUGGUGGGAGUUGAACUGCAUGCUUGUUGUCCAUCAAAUUAAACAAAUAUAUGAAAGUGGAC